AUGCCUCGCUCCCUGGCUCCUACUACGAUGCGACAGAACAAGAACGGACAAAGGCGUGGGACGAGCUUCUCGAUCGGGGAGGGUUUCAAGUAUUUGAUGUGUAACUAUCGCGAAUGGGUACUGGACACCAAGGUCAACAAAGUUGUGUAUGGCUACUGGCGGAGAAAGACAGAGGGCCGAGUCAAAGAUGUUGCAAAACGCAACAUUGUAUGCCCAGUCGUGCAGCCCUAUUACAUGGGCACCAAGCGUAGCAGCCUCGAGCGCGACUAUUACGAAUCGAUCGAUCGGCCAAAUGUUGAGCUAGUCAACCUCAAGGAGACGCCCAUCAAGGAGUUUACCACCACGAGUGUCACCACUGUGGACGGCAAAACUCGCAAUUUCGAUGUCGUCCUUCUUGCCCCAGGCUACGAUAACGUUACGGGGAGCUUGAUAGAUCUCAACAUCAGCGACAAGCACGGAGUGACGCUCAAGGAGAAAUAG